CGUCUUACGUGACGUUACCGUGACGUCGAAAUUUCCGAGUCGCCAUAUUGGUGUCGUUACAUCAGUAGGAAGCAGCUAGUCAAGCAGUUUCUGGGAAAUACUCACCAUGUUGAAGACUCUCUGACCACCGUGAAGCUCACGUUUGGAGAUUGCGGCUGUGACCUGAGGUAGCCGGACGACAUCCUGCGAUCAUGUUGGCUCGUCUGUUCAGGCUCCACGGCCUGCUGGUGGCCUCCCAUCCAUGGGAGGUAAUAGUGGGUACCCUGGCUCUCACCGUAUGCCUGAUGUCCAUGAACAGCCUGGCAACCAGCAGCCAGAUGUGCAGCUGGAACGAGUGCCCCAACGUGGAGGAGAAAGUCCACAGCAGUGAUAUCAUCAUCCUAACAGUCACACGCUGCAUGGCCAUCGUUUACAUCUACUUCCAGUUCAAGAACCUGCGACAACUGGGAUCCAAAUUCAUACUGGGUAUUGCAGGGUUAUUCACAGUAUUUUCCAGCUUUGUGUUCAGUACAGUCGUCAUCCACUUCUUUGGGAAAGAGCUGACGGGCCUGAAUGAAGCGCUGCCGUUCUUUCUCCUUCUCAUCGACCUGUCCAAAGCCUGUGCAUUGGCCAAAUUUGCCCUCAGCUCAAACUCCCAAGAGGAGGUGAGGGAGAACAUCUCUCAGGGCAUGGCCAUCCUCGGCCCCACCUUCACCCUGGAUGCUCUGGUAGAGUGUCUGGUCAUUGGUGUCGGCACCAUGUCAGGUGUGCCUCAGUUAGAGAUCAUGUGCUGUUUUGGCUGUAUGUCUGUCCUGGCCAACUACUUUGUCUUUAUGACCUUCUUCCCUGCGUGCGUCUCCCUCGUCCUGGAGCUGUCCAGGGAGAGUCGUGAGGGACGUCCAAUCUGGCAACUGAGCCACUUCGCCCGUGUGCUGGCUGAAGAGGAGGACAACAAACCCAAUCCUGUGACCCAGAGGGUGAAAAUCAUCAUGUCUCUGGGCCUGGCCUUGGUUCACGCUCACAGUCGACUAGCAGCUGAACAUCCGGGUCAGAACCGCACGGUGGAGGGGCCCAUCGCUAAGAGACUGGAGUCAGCAGGAGGAACCAUGUUGCCUCUGAAGCUCACCAGUAUGGACCUGGAGCAGGUGAUAACACUCGGUCUCGCCCUGCUCCUGGCUGUGAAGUACGUCUUCUUCGAGCAAACGGAGACGGAGUCGUCGCUGUCCCUCAAGAGUCCCAUUAUCAGCUCCCCUCCCCCUCUGAAGCCCCGGGUGGCAGCAGACUGCUGCAGGAGGGACCUCCCAGCCCCGAAGCCUCCCAACACGAUGAACGGUACCUUAGCAACCACCUCCACCACCUCCACCUCCUCAGCUGUCUCCGACUCCAGACCUUCCCCUGAGGCUGACACAGCGUUCAGAGAGACUGAGGCGCCUCCUGCAGCCUCAGUGGACAACAGCCACUGUCUUCCAUCUGCUGCAGAUUCUCUCGCUCCGACACCUCGUUCUCCUCAGAGCAGCAGUUGUUCGGAGGCCCGGACGCUGGAGGAAUGUAUGGCCAUCCUGUCAGACCCUCAGAGAGGUGCCAGUUUCCUGAGCAAUAAAGAGGUGAUGAACCUUGUGACCUCUCGUAAAAUCCUCAACUACAAGCUGGAAGCUGUUCUCGACACUCCGGAGAGAGGCGUGGCCAUCAGGAGGGACAUGCUGUCACCCAAACUGCCUGUUCGCUCUGCCUUGGCCUCUCUGCCUUAUAAGGACUACGACUAUUCUAAGGUGAUGGGCACCUGCUGUGAGAACGUGAUUGGCUACAUGCCGGUGCCGGUGGGAGUUGCUGGUCCUCUCCUGCUGGAUGAGAAGCAGUUUCACGUUCCCAUGGCGACCACAGAGGGUUGCCUGGUAGCGAGCACCAACAGAGGAUGCAGAGCACUUUCUAUGAGCGGAGGCUGCCGCAGCAGGAUCCUGGCUGACAGCAUGACGAGGGGUCCUGUGGUGAGGCUGCCCUCGGCCUGCCGGGCUGCAGAGGUCAAAGGCUGGCUCGAGACCUCGGACGGGUUCAGAAUGAUCAAAGAGGCGUUCGACCACACCAGCAGGUUUGCUCGCCUGGAGAAGCUGCUGGUGAGUGUCGCUGGGAGGAACUUGUACAUUCGCUUCCAGUCUCAGACGGGAGACGCCAUGGGCAUGAACAUGAUCUCCAAGGGGACCGAGCAGGCUCUGCAGAGACUCCAGCAACAGUAUCCAGAUGUGCAGGUUCUGGCGGUCAGUGGGAACUACUGCACCGACAAGAAGUCCGCGGCCAUAAACUGGAUCAUGGGUCGGGGGAAGUCUGCUGUGUGCGAAGCCACCGUCCCCGCCAAGGUGGUCAGAGAGGUGUUGAAAAGCAGCACAGCCGCUCUGGUGGAGCUGAACAUCAACAAGAACUUGGUGGGCUCGGCCAUGGCCGGCAGCAUCGGAGGCUUUAAUGCUCACGCUGCAAACAUCGUAGCAGCGAUCUACAUCGCCUGUGGACAGGACCCGGCUCAGACUAUAGGGAGCUCCAACUGCAUCACUCAGAUGGAGGCGGCGGGUCCAGACGGGGAGGAUCUCUACAUCAGCUGCAGUAUGCCCUCCAUAGAGCUGGGCACUGUGGGCGGAGGCACCAACCUGGCACCACAGCAGGCCUGUCUGCAGAUGCUCGGUGUUCAAGGCUCCAGCUCCAGCGAGCCGGGUGAGAACGCCCGUCAGCUGGCCCGGGUGGUCUGCGGCACGGUGCUGGCCGGGGAGCUCUCCCUGAUGGCUGCUCUGGCUGCAGGACACCUCGUCAAGAGCCACAUGACCCACAACAGAUCUAAAGCAAACUUGCCAGAAACAAAUUCUUCAGAGAAGACCGCGUGACGUAAAGCGACUUCAGGUUUGGACUGAAGGAGUUCUCGAGCUAGCGGGUGAAAACUUCACAGUGAGAACAGAACCGUGUCCUGAUGACGAGCUUCUGAAGGGAGUUCUGCGGGUCUAAACACCGAUGACCAGACCAACACACGCUGAAGACCACAGCCAACGUGUGCUCGCUCCGUGUGUCGCCCGACUCAUCGCGUUAAGACUUUUUGGGUUGAGAUGUUAUGUUGCAGUUAUUUAUUUGUGCCAUUUGUCUGCAGCAGUGUUCUGGAUGGCGCUGAUCCGUCAGACAUCCGUGGAGUUCUGAAGAGGAGUUCUAAAAAUCCACCAUUCUGCACCAACGAGUAUGCUGUGCCUGUAAGAGUUGUGAUGCCAAAAGGAAACAGCUUUCCUGUCGUAUGACGGCGACACGACGUCCAUGUUCGUGUCUAAACUGCAUGAAGUCAGAUCGGCACUUCUGAUCGUUGCACUUGCCAAAGCUUGCCUGAGAUGGUGCUGUUACUGCUGUAGGCGACAGUUUGCUGAAGUUAAAACCGCCAACCCUGCUGCCUGAAUGUAUGUGGUACUAAAAUCGGUGUUGUAGGAUUUAACAGAGUAACGGUGCUGCUGUAUACUGUGUAUACUGAAGAGUGACUGGCUGCUGGUUCCAGGGUGGGAAACAGCUGACGGAGUGACUCGUUCGGACUCCAACUCGACAGAUGUUUGUGUUAAUGCGAGUACGAGAACUGAAAAAUCGAAGCCAUAUUAACUGACUUAAUACACUUUAAUGGUACAUUAUUAUACAUGUGGAACAACUGCAGGAUUAAUUAGCAUGAUGGGAGUAAAAGAAGCGUUUGAGUGGCUGCAGAUGCUGCAGUCCUGUUCAGAAGUGGCCUUACACACCGGAUGUCUUGGAGAAGUUCAGCUGUAGCAUGUUCUAGAUAGAAUAAUAAAUUUUAAGCUAUUCCACUGAAAAGAUUGUACUUUUGUUCUAUUUAACAAAAAAUAAAAAAUAAACAACACUACGUUCCCUCUUAA